AUGCAGCUCGCUCGAUCGUGGAUAGCAGUGCUCGGCAACGAGAGAUUCCAGGCAGAGUCUUCUCUUGGCUACACUACAUGCGAUCUGCGCCGCCGGUGGUGGCAGUCGACAGGCGACGGAGGGUCGCAGCAGCAAGCUCUGUACGAGGUGCCGCAUGGAUGCGAGGAACACUGCCACGUUCUCACAAUUUUCGGGUCCACGCCCAAACAGCGGCGGAACCGGCACGGAUCAAUCCUGGGGAUCCCUCAGGUGUUGCGUGUGGAGCGCGUGGAGAACAGAGCGCAAGAAGGGGGGGUUGUGGCUGGGUAUCUAAGAUCGCUCGAGCGGGACCUGGCGAGCCAAGGCCUUCGUCUUCAACCAGGUCUACACACACGCUGGGUCUUCCACGGUACACAAGCAGUCGAAUCUAUUUUGUAUUCGGCAGAGGGUUUCGAUCCUAAACUCAGCCGUGCUGGCAGCGUUUGGGGACUUGGCUCAUAUUUUGCCCGUGACGCGAAAUAUGUCUACGGCAGCGGCUUCGCCAGGAGUUUGCCGAACGGCAGCAAUCAGAUAUUGCUUUGCUUAUUGGCCACGGGGAUGUCUUGCCUGGGUGAUGUGCAGCACACAGGCCUUCUCCCCAUCCGCCAGGGGAGCCAUCGCUACACCACAUCCGUCGACAGCCUCUCCAAUCCAGAGUUCUUCAUCACGCCGUCGGUUGGGGCGGCGUACCCUGCUUAUCUCAUCACCUACCGCAUCUAG